AUGGAAUUUUCUUCAUUUCAGCCACCGAAUAUGUUGAAGUCUACGACGGUAAAAACUUAUGGAAUACCUUCGACUAUUCCUGGAGUCGUUGUCCUGCAAUCAUCAAGCUUCCAUCAAGGUGACCAGAAAGUAUUCAAGCAUCGACUUGCUGGUGCUCAAUGCACUUCAAUCUCAGCAGUAGCAUGCUGCAUUUUAUCAAGAAAAAUUGAACCCGUUAUGAGAGAAGAUCUUGAAAAAAUACUAAUUCAAGGAGAUCAAUACUAUUUGCAAUGCAAGAAGAUAGCCAUUGAAGCAGAUUACCUAAAUGUUGAAGAUUUGUUGGAAUCUUUUAUUGUGGAUGACAAUUUGGUCAUAUUAACUUAUGAAGACAUUACAUACGGCAGAUUCUGUGACAGCGAUCUCCGUAGUAAAUUGUGUGAAUGCAUCAAUGUUUGUUGCCAACGAAGCAAACUAAGCGUCAGCAGUGGUUUCUUGUUUACUGGCCAACAGAAAACAGUUUCUUUUGUUGUAAGACCGGAUAACACAUUUUGGCUAUUCAACUCUCAUUGUGUUGAUGUAAACAACCGAUUUCCGAUUCAAGAACCCUCUGAAGGAACAGCUCGAUUAUUUAAAUGUGCGAAUCCUGAAGCUCUUGCUUCUCGUGAAUGGGGCACUACAAUACUCCAGCUAAUUGAUUUAGCUGAUAAUAAAGACAACAAAAACCGCCAAGGGCUUACUUCUUUAGCGAAACUAAUUGCUGAAAUGAAUUCUCAGCAUAAUAUUUCGAGUGGCGUUGAAAAAUAA